AUGAAUGAGACCUUCACUCAGGAGAAUAAGAGCCCGAAUCUAAUUAUAAACCCCAACACUAAUCUGGGUCCCAAGGUGAAGGUGGCAAAUACCUGGACCAAAGGUAGAACUACUUUCUCAUAUAAUAAGCGCGGCUAUGUUAGAUCACCCAAAGCUUGUGUCUUAUGCCAUAACAGAAAGGUGAAGUGUGAUUUGUCUCUAAAGGAUACUGACCCAUGCACAAACUGUGCUAUUUUAGGGAAGCCAUGUGUUCUUUAUAUUCGUAAAAGACGCAGAGCAAAUCGUGGAAAAUCUGUCAAUUCAUUACAAAACGAAUUUUCAAAGAGGAAACUAGAAAAAGUCCAAUGCUUAGACAACCAGUUAUCUUCUGACAAAAAAAAUACAGAUAACUCUACAUCAUUUGACAACUCAAGAAAUAAAAUUGUCAGGCCGGAUUACCAGAAAGAAUUCCCACGUUUAAGCUCUGUGAAGUUGGAACCAGACGACGUUCUUAAGGAAGAGAUUCCAACUUUAUUGGAAGCAAAAUUUUCUGGUUCACAACCCUCUUUGAGCAGUGUGGUGAAAGGUGUCAUUAAUUGGUAUCAAAAGACUGGCCAGACACGUUGCUAUGAGUUGAAUGAACUUGAUAUGUACACGUUAGUAAGGCAUGGUUGUUUCAGUAUACCGGAUGAGGGACUGGCACAGAUGUUCAUUGACAACUUUUUUGAUAACUUCAAUACCAAAUUUCCUGUGGUUGACAAGGUUGCAUUCAAAAGAGAUUAUAAAAAUCUAAGGAAACCUCCUUCUCUUUUGCUAUUGAACACUAUUUUCUAUGUGGGUGCAAUGCACUGCAACACAUUUCAAUGCAGGGCAGAAGAGAGAUUGAAGGUUAAGAAAAUUACAGAAGUAUUUUUCCGCAGAGCUAAAGCUAUCUUUGAUAUGUCUUUAGAAGCAGACCCAGUUGCAUUAGUUCAAUCAUUGCUAUGCUUCUCUACUCAUCAAGAAUGUAUGAUUGGAUUGGGCAAAAACGAUGACUACUGGACUUGCGUAGCUAUUUCUGUGGCUAUGCAGUAUGAAUAUCAUCGAGGUGGUCUAAAGAAAGCGGACAAAAUGCAGAAAAGAGAAAUUAAGAGAUUAUGGUGGCUGCUAGUUCUAAAAGACAGAUUAAGUAGCCUUGAAUUUGGCAGGCCAUUGAUGAUUGAUUUAAAAAAUUCAACGGUACCAAUGUUGACAGAAAUGGAUCUUCAAGGAACUGGAAUGAGUAGCACAGAAAUUAGAUACACCAUUUGUUUAGCCACCUUUAGCAGAACUGUGGGAGAUGUUAUUGAACAGCAACAUCUAAUGUCCCGUCUUGUAGUAGAAGGCAGAUCUAUUGUUCCGUUAUUGAAGAGAUGUGAUUUGAUUCUUAUAAGAUGGCUUGAGAGUAUUCCAAGUGAAUUCAAGUUUGAAGUGAAUGAUAAAGUAACCCACAACUUCCAAGCAGCAACACUUAUGUUUCAAUAUUAUGCUUUGUUGAUGACUAUUCAUCAGGCUGAAAUUGUUCGGAACCCUAAUGAGAAUUAUCCAUCUUGGGCAAUAUCUUUUCAGGCUGCACAAAUGAUAAUGCAAGUUUUAAAUUUUAUGGUGAACAGCAACAUGCUGGUUCAUUAUAUCUUGAUGAUUCAUAAUGCUCUCUCCGUUUCCACUAUUAUUAUGUCAUCUCUCACCUACAGCGAUGAAGAAUCAAUUUCCAAUGCAGCCCGUAGAUUUCUUGUUCAAAUAUUCCAGAUUUUGAAGAGCAGCGUGUUUAAAUGGCCUGAAUCUUAUCCGAUGCUGUUCGCCCUAGAGAAAAUUCAUAAUUAUAUGCCUAUCAAUCUGAAAAUGAUUCAAGCCAUCUUAUCUUUGAAACUACCGGGUAGUUUUAGUAGUGAAGGAAUUUCAAAUGUAAGAGACCCUUUGCUAACUCUUUCUGGAUCUUAUGAUCAUAAAUAUUCUACUGAAAAUUAUGUUGAUUUCCCAUCUGGUGAAGAGCAAAAGAGAUUUGCGGAUAUACGUAUCGAUGUGGAUAAACUUUUCACCGAUAGUGUGUUUUCCGACCCCGAAAUAUCUAUAGACGAUUUGGAUGCAAGUGAUUUCGGUAAGGGAUCUGAUACCAAAGGUGCUCAUCACGAAAAUCCACUAGUUAUUCUUCUGACCAAUGCACAGAAUGGUGCGGUUAAUAAUAUUUCCGAAAAUAGUCAAAAUGGUAUCAUUCGUCAAGAAAUAAACCUUCAAAGGAUAUUCGAAGGCAUUGAGUCUACCGAAACUGGUUCUUUAUCUACAGCUUCCUCGUCUGCUCUUGAUUCUGCUCCUGUUGGUCUUUUUCUAAUAAACAAAAACUGGAAACCUUCAUUCAAAGUAAUCACAGAAGACGUUUCCGCUUCCCAUGAGGUUCAUCAAAGGCAAUAUUUCGACAAUUCGUUCUUCCCUAAUGCAGAAGGAUUUUCGUUAAAAGAACUCUGUAAGUGGGAUACAGAAGGCAAUAUAUAA